GAGAUGAAAAUUUUUCAUACGAAGAAAAAACUAUCAACAGUGAAAUGAAAUCAAACUCGUGGGAAAAUUCAAGCGGAUUGUUAUCGAUACCAAGAGAAGAAAAUAGUUGCAAUUACUCGACAAUAAACGGUACCGAGAUUCCCGCAGAUGAGAUCGAACAUGUCGAAGAUACGCAAGAGUUUGAAGACCUGGCUGUCAAGUCUUCAACCUCCGAAUAUGGUACAAAGAAGAAAAAUAAAAAAUUAUCACCUAACAACAAUAAAUUGCGUAAAGAAAGAACGGCAUUUAAUAAAACUCAGAUAAAACAAUUGGAAAUAGAAUUUUUACGGAGCAAUUAUUUGACACGCUUACGCAGAUAUGAAAUAGCUGUCAGUCUUGAUCUUACUGAACGUCAAGUAAAAGUUUGGUUUCAAAACAGAAGAAUGAAAUGGAAAAGAACCAAAAACACAAUAAUUCAUCCUCCAGUUAUCAACUGAAUCAAAAAAUUACAACAAUAAUUAUAAUUUAU